AAUGACUCGGAAUUCACCUAUGCUAAUGUGUGUCCCGUAAGUUUAACUGAUACAGAGCCAGAUAAUGAGACAAUGAAGCAAAGCUUUCAGGACAAAAGUACUAGUAUGGACAUUGAGUGUCCUGAGACUUCUGAAGCAGUGGAUCCCUUAGAGUUGGAUAAUGUCUCUAUACAAGAAGAUACCACCAUUGAUGUAAUUGAACCACAAGUUUUCUUUCAUAGCCAAGACAUACCAGAUGCUGGUGUCAUUAAGGAGAUUACGGUUGAAACAUCGCAUAAAGAACUGAAACAAGAUGAUUCAUCUGCUCAGACUGUUGACUUGAACAUACAAGCUGAUGAAUUAAUGCCACCAAGAGGAGAGCUUUCUGAACAGGAAAGCCUGGGGGGAAAUGACAGCUCAAUGUGGACUCAGAGCUACAACGAUGGAGAUGUCUCAACUUCGUAUGACCUGCUAGCAAGAGAGAGCUGGGGCGCAUCAGAUGGUUCAGAUACAGAAACAAGUAGACCACUAAAUGACCUACCGGUUGCCAAAAGUAGUGUAAGAGAAAGUGUUUCUAAGAAGGGUAAAAUGAAGAAAGUGUACAAGUGUCUUUCUUGCACUGAAAUAUUCAACUGUCCUAAGGAGAGGAGAGUUCAUCGUAGGAGGUUCCACACGGAUGCAACAGAAGUACGUAAGGAUAAACAAUUUGGUGAAGUUUUCAGUGCUCCUACUGUGAAGGAAGAACUUGUAGAGACUGUGAAAGUAGAAAAUAAAAAUGUAGACCUAUGCGUUCCUCCUGCUGAGAGCUUGUCUGCUGCAAGGACGCCUGACAGUAAUGGUCCAAGUAGUUCAUCAGCGGUGAAGAUUAAGACUGAGAAAACUGAUACUCCUGUAUUGGAUGUGGACCCUGAUCAGAAAAAAAUAAAAACAAGUGAUAGUUUAGUCGCCAAACUCAAACCAGAGCCUGCAGUAGGUGAGACACAGACAGGAAAUGGUCCGGAAGACACAGUGAAACAAGAAUAUAAAUGCAUUUCAGUGAACUGUGCUUUGGUUUUUACAUCGCAAGAUGAUUUGAAAGAACAUGUGCACACAGCACACAAACUCAGAAAGAAACGGGGUUGUCACAUCUGUCCAACUUGUCAGGAAGCUUUCAGCACCGACGUUUUGUACCGUGCACAUUUAAAAAUACAUCCUCUGGAGUGCAAAUAUUGUGGAAAGUUCUUCACGAGACAUCAGAACCUUAACCUCCAUACAAACAGGCAUCUAGGAAUCAAACCAUUUAAGUGCGGCGUUUGUGACAAAUCAUUUAUAACCAAACAAAAACUGACUGAACACACUAAUGUUCACACUGGAGAAGCUCCUAUUAGAUGUGAUUUGUGUUGUGAGACGUUUCGCCGGUACAGCAAUCUCAUACAACAUAAAAACAGACAUCAUCUGAAUUUGAAGAAAAAAGUGAAAGAUUUUAUUUGCCAGUGUGGUGAAGUAUUCCAUACAAAAAAGAAACUGGAGUGGCACAAAGAGACACAUGAUGCAAAACCAAAAUCCUGUGGAUUCUGCAGUGUGAGGUUUGUACAUGCAGUCAGUCUAACAAGACACAUACGCAAAGCUCAUGAUAGUCGUUAUGUACCUCAGAAGGAACGUGAAGGAGAAAAUGUUGAGUGCCCUGUCUGUUCUGCUGUCUGUCUUAAAAAUUCACUUUCGGCUCAUAUGCGUUUACAUUCUGGAGAGCGACCGUACCAGUGUCCCCUUUGUUCAAAGAGUUUCACCACAAAAUGGAAUUUGCGGCUUCAUCGCUGGACCCAUACAGCACGUUCUGCGAAGCCAUAUAAAUGUGAAAUCUGUAGAGCAGCAUUUCACAGGGAAUCGUGCUAUUCAGCUCAUGUACGAUCUCAUCGUGGUACAAGGCCAUAUACUUGCAAUUACUGCGGCCGUUGCUUUGUGUAUAAAUACAAUUGUGUACGCCAUGUACGUGAACAUGAAUUAGGAAAAAAUUAUGUGUGUGGUGUGUGUGGAAAACUAUUUCAUAGAGGCUAUUACCUGAAGGAACACAUGACUGUGCACACAGGUAUACGGCCCUACACAUGCCACAUUUGUGGCAAAGCAUCUCCAACUAAAUCUAAUCACAAUAAGCAUCUGAAAAUUCAUCAUGCACGAGAACCUGUAAAUACUGAAGGUUAA